AAUUUAAAUAGUAGAAAAUUAGAUAUCACUUUGAGUGUCAUUCAGAUUUACAAGCAGAAUGUUUAUGCUAAUUCCGUUAAUAUUGUGUUCCGCGGUGGACUCGGCGAGGAUAUUGGGAGUAUUUCCAAUGCCUUCGAUAAGUCACCAAGUAGUGUUCCGAGCGCUGACCCUGGAACUGGCAAAGCGAGGACACGAACUGGUGGUUAUAACACCAAACGCAGCCUUACCGAAAGACAGACCAAAAGAUAACAUAACAGAAAUAGACACCAGCAAAGCUUAUAUACAGGUUAAACAAUUUUUUAACGACAGUGCCAAGACUAUCCUGAAAAGAGGAGUGAUUGCAGAUGUAGAUGCGAUGACAUCAGAUGAAAUGACACGAACUAUAAUGAUAAUAGUGGAAGAGUUGUUAGAGAAUAAAGAAGUAGAUGAACUAUUAAAGGAUAAAACACAAAAGUUUGAUCUAGUCAUAGCCGAGGGAUUUAUGAAUUAUCAUUUCAUAUUCGCAAAGAUAUAUGAAGCUCCAUUAAUAGUGUUUUCAUCUUUUUACGGAUAUCCAGAGAUUUAUGAAAUGAUAGGUGCAGUGGCAAGACAUCCUAUAUUAUAUCCUCAUACGAUGAGGGGAAAAUUACAGACUGUUUCAUUUUUUGACAAAAUUAAAGCUAUCCACAAUGAGUAUCGCCUUAGGAAAAUGUUUGAAAAUUUAGAAAGACUCGAAUCAGAACUGGUGAAUACUAAAUUUGGACAAGACGCACUAACAAUUGAUGAAUUGAAGGGUCUUCCUUCUAUGGUGUUUUUGAAUUCUUUUCAUAUAUUUGACAAUAAUCGUCCCGUGCCUCCCAACGUUGUAUAUUUAGGAGCAUUGCAUCUAAUACCUGUGAAGGAACUUCCACAGGACCUAAAACAAUAUCUGGAUAACUCCAAACAUGGCGUGGUGUACGUCAGCUUGGAAACUAACGUGCAUCCAUCGUUGAUGGAAAAGGAUUUUCUUGACGCAUUUUUGAACGCCUUCAGACAGAUACCUUAUGAUAUUUUAUGGAAAUUUGACGGAGAUAAUCUUGAAAAUGUUCCAGAUAAUGUAAGGAUACAGAAAUGGUUUCCGCAGAGGGAUUUAUUAGUACAUCCUAAAAUAGUAUUAUUCGUCACGCAAGGCGGUCUCCAGUCCACUGACGAGGCCAUAGACGCUGGAGUGCCUCUGGUCGGCAUACCGAUCUUAGGAGACCAAUGGUUUAACGUCCAUAGAUACGAAAAACUAGGAAUUGGAGUGGAAUUGGAUUCUUACACUCUCACUGCUGAUGAUAUUGUGAAGGGAGUGAACACUGUUGCUGGUGAUAACAGGUUCAGGCAAAAUAUAAAGAAGUUGAAGUCUAUUAUGUACGACACGCCGCAGACGCCGCUCGAGCGCGCCGUGUGGUGGACAGAGUACGUGUUGCGACACAAAGGCGCGCAACACCUCAAGUCACCCGCCGCCAACAUGUCCUACGCUGAAUACUUCAUGCUCGACUUUGUGUUGGGUCUUCUUGGGGUCUUCAUUGUAGUCUUAAUUGCCUUAGUAUUUAUAAUAAAAUUUGUUGUAAAUUUAUUUAAAUCUGAUAAGGGUAGUAAAUUAAAACUAAAUUAAU